AUGCUUUUGGUGCAACUAUUGCUCGUUGUUUUUACAUUUCUACGUUUAAGUUAUACUUGGGAAUACAAUGAACAUAUAAAACAUGGUUCUUCCCUAAUGGAUGGUAGAGACAUUUUCGAUCCAUUGAUUAUGCCAAACUAUGUGAAAAGAGAAACUAAUCAUAUAUAUGAUGAAGAAGGUCAAAUGCAUAUCCAAAACUCCAUAAUUGAUUCAGAUAAUAUAGCCGAAUGGACACCCAUUGCAUCAAAUCUAACUGCUGGUCAGAAGGAUUUAUAUGUUUUCACGGUCAAUACAGGUAGUACCUCAAAUGGAUUUUCACCAACAUAUGAAAUUUUAAUUUUCUUAAGUGGUAAUCUAUGUAAUGUCCAAGAUCUUCCGGAAGAUGUAGAAUUAUAUGUGACAUAUGCUUUCAAUGACACUAUAACUGAGGAUCCAUCAAGUGGGAUUUCAGUAUCUUUUUCAUAUGGUUAUCUGGAAAGUCUUACAGUGAGUCCCAUUCAAACUGAUACUUCUUCAAAUAUUACAUCUCUUUAUUCAUAUUUAUACGUGGCAGUGGAGCCUCGUAAUAAGACAACAGGUCAAUCUUUAAGCACUGAUGAUUAUCCAGGUACUCGGUGGGAAUAUCACCUUUCUAUUUCUGAAAAUGAUUUGGUAUAUCAAUGGGAUUAUAGAACGUGGUUGGAUAUAUUGGAUACAGAUGAAAACUCUGCUUUAUUAAUUACCGGUGCAGAAUCUAAUGUGGCCUACAAUUUCACUAUUCAUGAUACAUCCAUAUAUGAUAUUUAUGUUUAUUCAUAUAAUGAUUCUUUAAUCAUAGAUGGACAAUUUAAUAGAUCAGUUUGUGCCAUAAAAAAUGGGAAUUAUUUGGUAUCUUCAAAUGGUAAUGUUGCCUCAAGUGAUAUUCAAUUAGAUAAAAAAGACUUAUUUGUUCAGAAAAUUGUUAAAGAUGGGGCAAACAGUACCAAUGAAUAUUUUUAUGUGACAGGGUUAAAUCAUUCAACAUCUUAUGUGGCAUAUUUAACUAAAAAAAUAGGCAAGAGUGGAAAUUUGUCAGACGUGGGAGGGAUUAUAUUUGAACAUGUCUCAUUCCAAACAAAAGAUGAUAAUACAUGUUCCUUGAUUCAUUCGUUAGGCUUCUGUAGUGAUGUUGCAUAUUCUGUCCCAACUUCUAGUUUAUAUCUAGGGAAUAAAACUUUACUUGCAGAGGCUUAUGAGAAUAUAUCACGGUCUCUUUAUGCUAAUUUCAGCAAAGCCUUACAAUUGAUCCCUUGUGAUACUGAAUCUGAUGCAAGAUAUUCACCUUUAAGAACAUGCGAUGAUUGUGCAGAAUCAUAUAGGAAUUGGAUAUGUUCUGUGUCAAUUCCAAGAUGUACGACGGGGACCUCUUCGUACUACAUGUUUAGAAAUAAGAACGAAAACAGAAAUUCAUACAUUGAUGAUAAUAUCAAACCAUUAAGAAAUUAUUUUGAGAUUUUACCAUGUAUUGACAUGUGUUAUGCAAUUGUAAGAGAUUGUCCAAGUGACUUUGGGUUUUCAUGUCCUGACGUUGAUACGACACCGGAUUUGCUGUUUAAUAGUUACAAUUUUUAUAAUGGUAAUCGGGAUUUCGUUUCUUGUAACUUAAUGGGUAAUGAUACAGAGACUGUAAAUUUCUAG